CUGUUUAUUCGAUACUCGGUUACCUCGCUUCUUAUGUACCACAACACUCCUUCCCUCCGCAGUCAGAAUCCUAUGAAACGACUGCACGGAUCCAUCAAAGAAAUUUAAAUCCAUCCAUUACUGAUUGUCCGCAAAGCUCAGAGUAACUUGGUAAUUUAAGCAUGUCAAGACUUUGAACAACACUUCCUAGGUUGAAGUGGGCAUGUUUCUAGCGGGUAGCCGAUUGCCGGCCUAAGUUUACACAAUUUUUGGUUAGCAGAGAAGUAUGGCUCAUCACUUUGCCUUGUACCUAAUGUUUUAGAUUUGCGGUUUAGAGCAAGCGAGCAAGGUAGGAAAUUUCAGGGGGAGUGAGAGAGAAGUGUGAGGGUUGGGCUUUUAGAGAGAGAGAGAGAGUUAAGCUUUAAGCUUUUGGCUUUUGAAAAGAGGGAGAAGCUUGUUCAGAAAUGGAGGCCAGCAGCAGCAAUAGUAGUAGCAAGAGUGGCUUGGUGGUGGCCAAUGAGAGAAGGCCAAGUGGGGUAAUCCGAAUAGAGAAUCCGUUUACUUUGAAAGUGGGUCAAGUAUUUACAGGCUUUGGCAUAGGCUGCGGUGUUGGUAUCGGUGUUGGUCGCCCCAUAAAUCUAGGUGCAAUACCAGUACUAAAUCAAGUCAUGGGUGCCACACGAGGUGCUACUGAUGCAUUAUCUGGCGUUAGCAGACAUGUAAAUAACUCUUUGAGGAAGCUGGGAGCAAAGAACAUUGAAGCAGGCAUUGGAUGUGGAGUUGGUAUUGGCCAUGGUUUUGGAGUUGGCCUUGCUGUGAAGCCGGGGGUGUUACAUCAAAUUCAAUUUCAUCUUGUACAAGGGAUCACAAAGAUGAUGGUGAAGUUUGGAGUUGCUCCCAAUUUAGCCAUUGGUCAAGGUGCCAUCCCAAGUUCUUUGCAAAGGGCCAUAGGCAUUGUAAAUGAUCCAUCAAGCCAAAAUCCAAUGGGAAGUAACAUGCAGUUGUCUACAAAGCCACCAGACUAUAAAUCUCAAGGUUUACCUGGAUAUGGGAAUACUGGUACUGCUUCAGGCUAUGAAAAUUUUACAUCAAAAGGCUCUCCAGUUGAUACACCUUUUGGCAGUCGAACAGAAAAAGUUCUCAGCAGUUUUCUUCAGAAUCCAGUUCUGAAAGGAGAGGAAAGUGAACCAAAUGAAGCGGCUGGACGCUUGAGGUUGGAGAACAAAAUGCUUCAGAUGAUAUUGAAACACCAGCAAGUCAUUGAAGAGCUCAUGGAGGAAAACGAGAAGCUUCGCCAUGUACUAGUGGAAGACCUGAAAAUACCACCUAGCAAGCUGCAAGCAAGUUUUUCAAGUAAAAACAAAUCUCCAUGUACAGAUUGUUUUGAGUGUCGAAGAAAACAGAGAAAAAAAUAGAUGAGGUAUAAUGAUUCUGUUAGAGUUCAAGUGCCUUGACCAAAAGAACGACAUUAACUGAUACGGAGAUACCCCUUGACUGGAGUUUGGACCUUCAUGGCUUGGUUACCCAACCAUGUAAGGAGCAUGAGCUGGGUUCAGUGGGUGACAAACUAAUUAAAGAGAUACAGGUAGAGUCCAAGUUACCUUACAAAGAAAUGUAUUCAACAAGGUAAGCAUUACAUAUACAAACCCGUUGAGGUGCACUGGUUAAACUUCUGGGGUAAAUCAACCUUCUUGUUUUCAGAUACCUUUAUUCUUUACAUCUUCCUUUACAUUUAACAUGUUUGUAAGGCACAGCAGAGUGCAUUUCUUGUUAAAUUGAGUUCAGCUUUCAUUUU